CGUCGCAGGGUCGCAGCUGAAGCUCUUACUGAUCGGAGUCGAAGCAUAAGCCAUGGCGUACAUCAGCAUGGGAGAAGUGCACCGGAGAAUCACGGAAUACCUAAACGGCUUCGCGGAUGCCGUUUCCUCGCAAGACGGCGGUUCCCUAGCUAGGCUGCUCUCCCUUUCCUCCAACUCCCCCUCUCUCCUCUCCCUCGCCGACGCUCUCAACGUCUUUCAGGAUGCUAAUAGGUUGAUAAAGCAGUCCGAUAAGUGUUCGCAGUUCGCCGAAAUCAUUGUUCCUCUUUUCCGUUCCCUGCAAAACUAUCGACUUGGAAACUUGGUUGACGCCUAUCACGCCUUUGAAAAAUCUUCUAAUGCUUUUGUUCAGGAGUUUCGAAAUUGGGAAUCAGCUUGGGCAUUGGAAGCAUUACAUGUCAUUGCAUAUGAAAUUAGGGUUCUUGCUGAGAAGGCUGAUAGGGAAUUGGCAUCUAGUGGGAAGUCACCAGAGAAAUUGAAGGGCGCUGGUUCAUUCCUCAUGAAAGUCUUUGGUGUUCUUGCUGGAAAAGGCCCAAAACGUGUGGGGGCAUUAUAUGUGACUUGCCAACUAUUUAAAAUCUACUUCAAGCUUGGCACUGUUCACCUUUGCCGAAGUGUCAUAAGAAGCAUUGAAACUGCUCGAAUAUUUGAUUUUGAGGAAUUUCCUAGAAGAGACAAGGUCACAUACAUGUAUUAUACUGGUCGAUUGGAAGUUUUCAAUGAAAAUUUUACUGCUGCUGAUGAUAAACUGUCAUAUGCCUUGACUCACUGCAACCUUCUCAAAGAAGCCAAUAUAAGGAUGAUACUGAAGUACUUGAUACCUGUGAAGCUUUCACUAGGCAUCUUACCCAAAUCUUGUCUCCUAGAGAAGUAUGACCUCCUUGAGUACAGCAAUGUUGUCCUAGCUCUAAAAAGAGGGGAUCUCCGACUUCUUCGCCGUGCUCUUCAAGAGCAUGAAGAUCAGUUCUUAAGAUCCGGUGUAUACCUUGUUCUGGAGAAGCUGGAGCUCCAAGUGUACCAAAGACUGCUAAAGAAAAUUUACAUUAUCCAAAAGCAAAAGGACCCAAGCAAAGCUCACCAGUUGAAGUUGGAAAUAAUUGUCAAAGCAUUGAAAUGGCUUGAGAUGGACAUGGAUCUGGAUGAGGUCGAGUGUAUAAUGACCAUUCUAAUCUACAAAAAUCUUGUGAAAGGCUACUUCGCACACAAGAGUAAGGUAGUUGUUUUAAGCAAGCAAGAUCCUUUCCCAAAAUUAAAUGGAAAGCCGGUAAGCUCAUAGAAUUAGCUUUGUGGAGAGGAUAAAAGAUUGUUGUGUGUACUGUUGACAGCAAUAGACAGGUUGAUUAUAUAUAUGAUUUAGUUGAGCUCAUCUACACACGUUACUGCAGAUCUGGUAGGUAGAGAAUUUUAGCUCAAAUGUUAUUUUUCCUGACUGAAUUUUGUUGUAUUAACCAAACUGGGUGUUGUGUAUAAUUUGCCCCGGCUAAUGUCUUUUAAAUCGUUUUUGUCCAGCCAAAUUAUCAAUAAAAAGCGUUUUAUUUG